GGCUCACUCCUCCCGGUGUUCCCCGGCCGACAACGCUGCUCCUCACACAAUUACACACAUUUGCAAACACACACGCACAUACACUCAUGAGUGCGCCUUGCUUCAGUGCGCACCCCCGGCUGCUGCAUCCUGCCGACUUCACCUGAACGAGCAAAGAAAAACCUCUAAAACAAUGCGUGCUUAUUGCAUUAUGCGACACCGCAGGUUAUUACAACUUUUGGGCUCUUUUAGGAGGUAACGGGGGAGGUGUAAGCGUGCAUGUCAUCACCAUGGAUUGCCUUUUUCUUCUGAUAUGGACUUUACCCAUCCCGCUGGUCGGCUGCACCCCAGUCAAGCUCCUGUCCACCCUCUUGUCCUGGAAUAUUAUCAAGACGCUGCACAUUUACUGCUCCCACACCUCCCAUACCGUUACGGCCAGCUAUUCUUCCAGCGACAACCACGGAUUAAAUCACGACUACGUAUUUGUAACCCCUGUUGAGGUGGACUCUGAUGGAGGAUACCUGACCCACGAUCUGACCAGGCGAAGCCAUCGCAGCAAGCGGUCCCUCUCUUCUUCUCUGCACUAUCGGCUCUCAGCCUUUGGGCAGGACAUGUACCUGGACCUGCAACCUUCUACUGUUGUCGGCCCGGGGUUCACAGUGCAGACUCUGGGCUCGAACGGCAUUGCCACGGUGAUGGAUGAUGUAGGGUUUCACAACUGCUUCUAUCAGGGAUUCAUCCGUAACCUGUCGGCCUCCUCGGCAGCCAUAUCUACGUGCUCUGGACUGUCAGGUUUGAUCCGUGUGUCUCAGGAGGAGUUCUUGAUCGCCCCCCUGCCCCAACAUCUGGCUCAACAACACAACUACAGCACCCCCGAUGGUCACCACCCGCAUGUGGUCUACAAACGCUCAGCGGAACACAUAGUUCACAGAAGAUCAAGCGGGACAUACAACACCAGUUCUACAAAACCUGACAACCCGUAUCUUAACCAUCAUCAUCAGCAGCAUGAUCACCACGACUAUCAGCAUGGAAAGCUGCAGAGGCAACACUUCUGCGGACGCCGCAAGCAAUAUGCUCCCAAGCCUCCCGCUGAGGACACUUUCAUAAUGCCUGACGAGUUUGCGAUACCCGAGGCGGAAGGGCCGGGAAGGGCAAAGAGAUCACCCAUUAACACCAACAGGGUGGGGGGUCUGAAUGUGGAGACCCUGGUGGUGGCAGACAGGAAGAUGCUGGAAAAACAUGGGAGGGACAACGUCACCACCUACGUCCUCACUGUCAUGAAUAUG